GCCUCGCUCCGCGCGCGCUUUUCGCCCGCGCGGCUCCUGUCAGGCGGCGCCGCGCCAUGGCCGCCGCGCGCCGCUGAGGGCCCCGCGCCCGCCCGCCCGCGGGGCAUGGUGGGCAGGGUUGCUGUGGCCGCCCUGGCCGCUUCCCUACCCGACAAGGACGGCGACGCGCAGGCAUGCAAGAAACGGCGAGAAGAAGAUGCUUCUGCCAAAACAAUUACAACAUAUUUUUCACCGUUAGCAAAACCAGCGGAUAAAGUGUUGUCACCACCAAAGCCCAACAAUAUAUUGGAUUAUUUUAAAAAGACAACUGAGAAAGCUACGUUAUCAGUUGUAGCAGAAGAAAAUAAAACACCAUUGGAUGCUGAUGACAUAGACUUUGGGACACCUUUUAAACCAUCUUUAAAGCGGAAGAGGAAAGGGAAGAGGGUCAAUUUAAAUAAUAAGCAAAGGGAGAUGAAAGAAUCUGAGAAUGAACGUGAAAUAGUAAUUAGUGAUGACAGCAGAGAAAUAACAGGACUGAAACAAGACAGUAAUGAUUUUAUAGCUACUUGUACUUUAGUUGACCAAAAAUGUCCCAGAGAAUUAGCAGAAGACUGUGUGCAAAGAGAGAACUCCUCAGAUGCUGUCAUCUGCAGAAAAAAUGUGAAAAAAGUUGGUUCUGAAAUAAAUGGAACAAAAAAUAGGAUAAGAAAAUCAAGGAAAAGGAAGCACAAAGUAAAUAUGGAUUUGUCUGAAAGUUUUUCAUCUGAGAUCCAGUUGAAUGAAAAGUGUAAAAAGGAAACGGAAGAUAAGAAAACAAUGGUGUCUUCUACAAUAGCAGAGUGUGAUGUUACUAUUGGUGAUUCCAGUGUUGAAUUUCUUACAGAUGAUAAGACAUCACAGGUAAAUAACAGCAUAAUAACGGUGUCAUUUGAGGACUUCUUGAAGAGUCAGGGAGAAAAUAACGAAGGUCAUGGUGAGGAAGACACAAAGCCAACAAUAGACAAUUCUGCUCCAGCAAAUGAAAUGGACAAAAGUGAUAGUAUUUGUGACCCAGAAAAGUGUGAGGAGUCUCAACAGCUGCCACUCAGAACAGUAACUGUCCUCGCACAAGUUCAUUCCAUUCCCCCAAAACUACCUCCUUUAUGUAAAGAGCAAAAAGGCUCUAGGAAAAUAGCUUCCAUUUUCUUGAAGCAGAAGGGCUGUGUAGGGGAGAAAGAAAGUAGCCCCCCCUUCUCGGACAGCGAACAAACUGAACAGGUUACUCAGAAGAGAAAAUCUAAUGUAGUUAUUGAGGAAGAAGAAUUGGAGUUAGCUGUACUAGAGACUGCAGGGUCGGACUCCUUGAAGCCCAGAUGUACCCUGGAAGAAAGACAUCAGUUUAUGAAGGCGUUUAGACAACCAACGUCAGAUUUAACAAAAAGUGGAGUUAAAAAGGCACCUGGAAAACAAAAGCAAGCCAUUGGAAAGUCUUCCAAAGAAAAAGAAGGACCUGAAGAUGACACUCUUUCAAAUAAAGGAUUAGAAAGUGGGGUGCCAGGAGAUUGUGUGGAUAAAUAUACACAUUCUAGUCCUGAACGCAACAGGACUAAAACCAAAAGACCUAAAAAGAUUCAGAGAAAAGAAAACAGAAGGAGGGCUUCAGAAACUAAGAAAAGGAAUGUCUCCAAUAGCAGCAACUAUAAUGGUGAUGAUUUAGGAGCUAGCGUUCUUACUCAGGAAAGCACCUUAGACGUGAGAAUUUCAUCGAAUCCACAAGGAAAUGAGUUAAGGAGGAGUUUAAGGCAGAAGAAAAUAAAACCAUCCAAAAAUCUUACACCUAAAAAAACUAAGGUUAAAAAGACCUUUUCUGAAGAUGAAUUAAAUAGCUCUCCUUUUCACACCUCUACACCAAAAGUAAGCAAGCGAUCUUCAAAGAAGAGUAAUGAGUACAAAGCCGAGGUGAUUACAGUGCCUUUUGAUGGCAGCAGCCCAAUAAGAAUGAGGUUUACACGUAUCAAUACGACUGCCAAAUCAAAUAAUGCUGAAGCAAAGCAAAAUGAAGAGUUGAACUCCAAAAAUAUAAAGAUAAGCUCUACUUCUAAAAAUAUAUCCAAAGCAAAACAACUGAUUGAAAAAGCAAAGGCCAUACGGCAUAAUAGAUCAAAGGUCAAUGAAGAGUUAUCAGGUCCUGUGCGGCGCUCAUCUCGACAGCGUGCUCUUGAUGAGAAAAAAAAAAUAGAAGAAAAUGAAGAAUCGGUAAUAAUUUUACAUUCAAGCCUGAGUAAUGACAGUACUACAGUGCAGAAUGUGAAGCAAAAAAAUCUUCGGAGCUUAAAUGAUGUUUUGGGGAAAAAGCCUAGAAACCUGAAGACUGCAAAGAACUCACGCGGGAAACUGAGGUGUCCGCCUUCCUUCCCAGGCAGAAAUGCUCAGAACUCUGCAGGUGAACCAGUUGUGAUCUUUGAUGACAGCAGCCAAGAUGCAUCUGAAAAUUCUCAAGAUGAUGAACAGUUCAGAGCAAAACGUGAAUUCUUGAUGAGCGGAUUGCCAGAGUCGCUGAAAAGACAGAUUGCAAAGAAAGCAGCAGCAAUGGAAGCGUACUCUCUUGCCAGUUCAUGUUUUAAGACUGUCGUCCAUGUACAGCAGAAGGAUGAAGGUUACCCAAUGUGGGAACUGAAGUCGCCAUCGUGUCCUCUAUUAACUAAGCUAAGGAAAUUGAAUUCUGAAAUCACUGAUGUCACAAAAAUCACUCUCUCGCUUGGUGAAUUUUCCACUGUGAAUUCAAAACUAACUGGAAAUUCUUCUGCACCUGUGCUUUCUGGCCACCGACCGGUUCUUCCUGAUACAUUCAGGAAAGAUUUACUUGAUGAGAUCACGUCUUCUAAUUCUCAGUUUCCUGUGAGAAAAUACUUCUACAAGUUUCUGAAUAAGCAAACGGAACGGUUGGGUUCUGGAAACAGUAUACAAGAAAGCAGAGAUGACACUGCCAGUUCUGAGGUAGCUCAGAAACAUGCUGACCAUUCGAAGGAAACAAAGAGGAAAAGGAAAGAAACAGAAGACCACAGAUCAAAAAGAAGAAAACAAAUUGAAAGUGCAGAGACUGAAAUAAAAUCCAUAGAUUCCAGGAAAAUUAUUUCUCCAGCAUCUGGAGAAAACCAAGCAGAGGCGGAACAAGCAACACAUUUGGGAAACAAGAAGACCCAGAAACCAGGCAUUAUGACAGGAGACACUGAAUAUUUACCAGAGCCAAAUGCAUUUUCAGGUGUUGAAAAGGAAGACACACUCUGGACAGAAAAAUACCAGCCUCAAGAUUCCAGUGAACUUGUAGGGAACAAGAAAGAAAUAGAAAAGCUACACAGCUGGUUAAAAGAAUGGAAAAAAAGAGCUGAUUGGGAAGAAAAAAGAAAUCAGAAAGGGGAAAAGGAGGACAAAGAGCAUCAAGAUUCACUGGACAACUUUGACUUCAAAGAUAAUAAAUCUGAUAUUGAGGAGGAGACCGGCCUUUGCAACACAGUUCUGAUCACUGGCCCACCGGGAGUGGGGAAAACUGCCGCAGUAUAUGCUUGUGCACAGGAGCUUGGUUUUAAGAUCUUUGAAGUUAACGCCUCUUGCCAGCGUAGUGGUAGACAGAUACUCUCACAAUUAAAAGAAGCUACUCAGUCUCAUCAAGUGGACAAAAAAGGUGUUAACGCGCAUAAGCCUUGCUUUUUUAACAGCUGUAGCAGUGCCAAGUCACCAAAAAAAAUGUAUUCUCCAAAGAAAGUUAUUUCACCAAGGAAACCUCCGCUGUCACCGAAAAGAGCAGGAUUAAAACGAAGCUUGCCCCCUAAAACCCUUGCAAACUAUUUCAAGAUUUCUUCCAAACGUAAAGAUAAUGAUGGAACAGUGACAGCUCAGGAGAAAAACAAAGGGAAUAGUCAGAAUUCACAUGAAGAAAAGAAAGAUGCUCAAAUUAAGUCGAUAAACAAAGAAGUAGAAGGAGGAGAACACAACAGAAAAAGUGCAACAUCUCUCAUUCUUUUUGAAGAGGUAGAUAUAAUAUUUGAUGAGGAUGCAGGAUUUCUAAGUGCAAUAAAGACAUUCAUGGCGACUGCAAAGAGACCCAUAGUUCUUACCACCAAUGAUCCAACGUUCAGCUUGAUGUUUGAUGGCUAUUUUGAAGAAAUCAACUUUAAAACCCCUUCCUUGAUGAACGCUGCUAGCUAUCUUCAGGUGCUGUGUCUGGCCGAGAACCUACGAACAGAUGUAAAAGAUUUGGCUGCUCUGUUAACCACAAAUAACUGUGACAUCAGACAAUGUGUUCUCUACUUACAAUUUUGGGUUAGAAGUGGAGGUGGAUGCUUAAAAGACAAAUGUCUGGCACGUCAUGGAGGAGAUGAGACAAGUAAAGCAGAUCACGUGAUUAAUUCUGAAAAGCCUACUGAUGCCAAGACUGAUUUAUCUCCAGCUGAUGCGCAUCUUCAGGAGCUUCCAAAAUGUGAUACGGGCUGUGUAGAGACACUGCUUGGCCUUAAGAAUAUCCUGUUGCCUUCAGAAGACUUGUUUACAUUUCUUAAGCACAAAAUGACAACCAUGGAAAAAUGGAAUAAAUUGAUGCAGCUUCUCACAGAAUUCCAGAUGAAGAAAGUGGAUUUUAUAUAUAGUAAUCUUGAAGUUAUUCUUCCCUUACCGGUGCAAGUUCUUUCAAACCAAUCUGAAGCCUCUAACUCUACACUUGCGAGGACUGCCAUUGCUCCUUCGAAAAACAGAUCUACUCACAGCUCUGGAAAAAAGUCUAAAAAAACAAAGAACCAGAAAAGGCUUGAAAUAUUGGAUGAUAGUGACUUAUUUGAUAGUGGACUGAACUAUUCAUCUGAAUUCAUAACUUUGCCAUCAGACAGUCCUACGACACAUGCUGAAGUGAAUAAAGAGGCAUCAAAGUUGUUGAUGAAUAAAGAAGGAAAGGACAUAAAAACUAAAACCCCAGGAAAUGAGAAAAAGUCUGCUCUUGUUGUUCAGUGCCUAAAUUCACUCGCUGAAUUUGUGGAGGACAUGUCGUUCUUGGAUUGUUGCAUAAACACAGACACAAAGGAACCGCUGGAGUUUUCUAAGGAUGAAGGAUUUAAUUGGUUAAAUGGCAAAAUCAAGUAUGGUCUUUGUGAUGAAUUCAGUAUAGAAAGUACUGAUUGGUGGAGCUUCCAGAGCUGUAGUGAAAUAAAGGCAGCUAUUGAAGCACUCAGUUUCAACAAAUGUUCUGUUAGUAUUUCACAAAACUUGGAAUCCUCUGUGAGUACCAGUAAAACACCUGAAAGCAAUCGGCUGGAGGGACUGACUUUGCAUAUUUCAAACACAAGAAAUUAUGUAUCCUUCAGUCACUCCGCUGAUUCAAGCGUUCACGAAAAAGCAGAGAGGAGGCUGGCAGUCAUCCGAACUGCUUUUUCCAGAAGCCCUUUAAACCUGGGUAAUAAGCAAGCCAGCAUACUUGAAUACCUCCCCACUCUUCGCAGUAUCUGUAGGUCUGAGAAGCUUAAAGAGCAAGGGAAGACUAAAAGAAGGUUCUUGCAUUAUCUUGAAGGGAUUCAUCUUGAUAUACCCAAACAAAUGAUAAACGCUCUGUCUUUGGAGUUCCCUUGAAAUUGCCAACACCAGCAAUAGUUUGUGCCUAAUGGUGCUAUUCUCACCACAGUCUAAUUUUAAUUUUUUUACCACAUUAUUUUAUUGUAUAUUCAGAGCCAUUUGUAUAUUAAAUUUCUAUAAGUAUUUAAAAUAAUGUAUAUAUCUAUUGUCCUGCUAUUGUUCCCCACGACUGAACCGUGGGUUGGUUUGGUGCUUGUCCAAUAAGUGCAUUGAUAAUAUUAAAUGCACAAACUAAUCAACAGGGACUGCUAUUGGAUAUCAUGUAAUGAGCAACUGUCACAACUCCAACAGCAAAGUUGCCUUUUUUCUGAGAUAAUUUUAUUAAAACAAGCUUACUUCUCUCUGAAUUUGAGGUGAGGUGUUAGUUAACCCGGGGUGGGAGGGCACGGCACGGAGAGGAUGCGACAAGUCGUCUAAAAUGACUGAAAACAACCCUUCACAAUAACAAGUGGGCUACAAAGUCUUCACAAGCACUGUGCCUCGAUGUACAUAUAUUUCUAUGCAUCGGUUUGAUUUCAUUAUUCUCAGAUCUACAUGUUACUUGUCUAAAGAGGUAGAGCAGUGACUACUGUAGCUCAAGACUCGGAGAAUAGGCAAGAUUUUGUACAUAACAAUGACUCCAGUGGUGCUUUGGUUUCAGUAAUAUUUAACUACUUCUAGUCUUGUAUAUGGUGUUCUAUUUGUAUACUUCAUUUUGUGUUCGACAAGACUUCAGCCUGAUUAUUUGUGAUUGAAUCUGUUUUUAUACGACAAUAAAUUUGUGAAACUUUGCUACAAUUCUGAAUAUUUCUGUUGUUUGACAAGUAGGACUCCCUAGACUUAAUGUUUAAUGAUGUUUAAGGGGUUUUUAACUGGAAAUAUUUUAACUAUGUACUUUUCAGCAUUUAUAUUGCAGUUGGAAUGUUUCUCUUCCUCAAACUGAGUCGGAUUAGUGCCAUGCAGUAGUAUUUCAAUUACCUCAGUGUUUCUGCAAUAAUAUGGAAGGGCAUUUUCUAGUACAUUUUGUUCUCAUCUUAUAUUUUUCAUGUCAUAAAGAUGUUCAGGAAUGAGAAAUAUUUAUGAAAACAGUAAAUUAUUUUUAGUUUCCACCUUUUAGACAAUCUUUAUAGUAACCUGAAUUGUCAAGUAAGAAUGAAAUGAAGUGGUGGCUGUUAAAAUUGUAAUAGGUUGUAUUGUUAUGCUCUAGGCAGCUCCUGUACAGUUUUGUAAAAAGAAAUAAAUAAAAGUGUGUUUUUUAAAAAUUAAAUAACAAAGUAAAACCAUAUCUGUUCACUGCUUUAUAAAGGCAGUCUCGGUCUAACUCGAUUACAGUGGGGACCUACAUCAUUUGGAAAUGGGCACAAUAAAGUAUUACUACGGGUAAUUUAGAAGGCAUAAAGCAGAGAUCAGUGGGAGACAACUCGCCUCUUCUUGCUGUCACCUCUCUGGUUCUUCCCUUAAUUUUUUAUAGACUCGCGAGGCUGUGGUGGCCAAAAGGAGAGGCUGAACAGUAAGGUGGAACUCAAGUAUUUCCCAUCUUGAUGAGAUAGUUGCGUGCAGUUGCCACAUGAAAACAGCUCAGGCUUGUUUGAAUGAAAGAUAAUCUACUUGUGCUGGUUUAUUUGAACUCUGAUAAACCAGCGACUCUGCAUUUUUAUGCAUCAAGAAUGAGCAUCCUUUGUAUGCUAGAAGAAAGCAUGUCUCUAUGAGGGACAGGCUGGUCUUGGGGAAGAGAUCUGGGGCUGGUUUGGGUUAACUUGGCAUAAAAGGAGAAAGGGCUUCACAAGAUCCAUUCCAGUACUGCGCCAGUUUUUUGAUUCAAAAGAUUUUCCUGCAAUAGUGUGGACUGUGAUUACCAGAAAUCACCUUUCCCAAAACAUGAAGACCAGCUUCAAGUAUCUUGAGAAUGACUAAAGAUACCUGGAAAUGAAAGACAAAGCCUGCGAUCUCCCUACACAAAGAAUUCAGUGAAAUCAGAAGUGAAACAACCCCGGAGUUUCACAAUGACUCUACACCCUCUUUAAGCAGCAGUUAUUGCUGGGUAUACAGUAACUGAAAAACAGAAAACCAACAACCAGGUUGUUCUUGGGGAGAUCUCAGUCAAGUUUCAAGCCUUUCUUUUUACUGUCGUUCCAAUAUUGCUUUCUAGAAUGCAAAUGCAGGUGAUGUUACCGUACAGCCCCUUGAGUAAUACAGAAAAAGCAGUUAAGGCUGAGGUGUGCCCUUCCAGGCAGGCAGUGUGUGAACACUAAAUGCAGAGUAGAAGGAGGAGAGUGGAAGGAUCCUGUUACAAGCAAAGGCCAAGGUGUGUCUGGACAGCUGAGAGCUGGGAAGGAUGCAGACACGUCCCUUGCACGUUUAAAAAAAGACACAGAAGCUCAGCCAUCCGCAUAUGACACAGUGAGGAAAACCAUGGGGCUUCUGCCCCGUGCUGGGUUUUUCUGGGGGUAGGUUUGUAUUCAUUUUGCAGAUGUUAUACAAAUUCUCUUUUGUUAUUUUACAGAUUCGUAAACUAGCAAAGAGCUCCAGUCUAUGGCUUGCAACAAAAUUCUCUCUGGGGAAGAUUAAAUCCAUGCUUACAUUUCUGUAUACAGCAGUUUUGAAAGGGUAAGUGCUGAAAAGAGAGACUUUAUGUAGGUAGUUGAACAACUUUUCAGAUAUUUUGCUGCUGUUUAUUUCAUAACUUCACAAUAUUUAAAUAAAAAAAGCACAAUGGUAUGUAGUGCCUAAAAAGAUGGAGAAAAUGUGUCAGUAUUUUCACGUUUUGCAGAUGACAGACUACACUAGAGAUAAGUAAAUAUGGGGCUUUUACAAGAUUAUACAUAAACUUUACCUAAGAAUUACAUGUUAUUGUGCGCUAAAGUAGGGCAAGUGAACUAUGCAAAUGAAGUUUGACCUGAAACAGUGAAAUGAAAAACAUUUGAAUACCUCUUAAUCUGCAGUUGACCUUAAAAGCCUUUCCCUCAACUGACAUUUUUCUCUUUUGACUUUUUGUUUCCUUAGGUAAACCGAAUGUGAAGUCAGAUGUUUUGAUAUGGACUUUAUCUUGAAAGAGGGACAUUUUUGUUAGGAUGUGCGGAUCCUGAAAUUCCUGGUUGUUGAGUUAUGCGGACAGGACUUUCCCUCAGAGCCUGUUGGUGUCACAGCCACGCUGAGACCUGGCAGAGCUCUGCGGAGAGCGCAACUCACCUG